CGAAACCAGUCUGGUCAAAACGCAACCGAGAGAGAGAGCUAGAGAGAGAGAGAGAGAGAGCUAGAGAGAGAAGAUGAUCUCGGACGGAGUUGAAGAUGAAGAGAAAUGGCUGGCAGCUGGAAUCGCCGGCCUCCAACAGAACGCCUUCUAUAUGCACCGAGCUCUGGACUCGAACAAUCUCAGAGACGCGCUCAAGUACUCAGCUCAGAUGCUGUCGGAGCUCCGGACCUCGAAGCUUUCCCCUCACAAGUACUACGAACUCUAUAUGCGGGCGUUUGACGAAUUGAGGAAAUUGGAAAUGUUCUUCAAGGAGGAGGCUCGGCGCGGCUGCUCCAUUAUCGAUCUCUAUGAGCUUGUUCAGCACGCCGGCAACAUAUUGCCUAGAUUGUAUCUUCUCUGUACAGUAGGUUCUGUGUACAUCAAAUCUAAGGAAGCUCCUGCUAAGGAUGUCCUAAAAGAUCUCGUUGAAAUGUCCCGUGGCAUUCAGAAUCCUGUACGUGGGCUGUUCUUAAGGAGUUACCUUUCUCAAGUGAGUAGGGACAAAUUGCCUGAUAUUGGUUCUGAAUAUGAAGGAGAUGCCGACACUGUCAAGGACGCUGUUGAGUUUGUGCUCCAAAAUUUCACUGAGAUGAACAAACUUUGGGUGCGGAUGCAACAUCAGGGUCCUGCCCGGGAAAAGGAGAAACGGGAGAAAGAAAGAAGCGAGCUACGUGAUCUUGUUGGUAAAAACUUGCACGUCCUAAGCCAGAUAGAAGGUGUUGAUUUGGAUUUGUACAAAGAGACCGUGCUUCCCAGAGUCCUGGAGCAGGUUGUCAAUUGUAAGGAUGAGAUUGCACAGUUUUAUUUGAUGGAUUGCAUAAUUCAAGUCUUUCCCGAUGAGUACCACUUGCAAACUCUUGACGUAUUGUUGGGUGCUUGCCCCCAACUUCAGCCAUCUGUUGAUAUUAAGACAGUUCUAUCCCAGUUAAUGGAAAGACUUUCAAAUUAUGCUGCUUCAAGUACAGAAGUAUUGCCUGAGUUUUUACAAGUACAAGCUUUUUCAAAACUGAGCAAUGCUAUUGGAAAGGUGAUUGAAGCCCAAGUUGACAUGCCUAUCAUCGGUGUUGUCACCUAUUCAUCUCUUCUUAAAUUCACCCUCCAUGUGCACCCUGAUCGACUUGAUUAUGCUGAUCAAGUGUUGGGCUCAUUUGUUAAGAAACUCUCUGGAAAAGGGAAAAUUCAAGACAGCAGGGCGACAAAACAAGUGGUUGCACUUUUAAGUGCUCCACUUGAGAAAUAUAAUGAUAUUGUCACGGCUUUGAAGCUUACAAAUUAUCCUCGCGUCCUGGAAUUCCUUGAUAGUGGAACAAAUAAAGUCAUGGCUACUGUUAUAAUUCAGAGCAUUAUGAAAAAUACAACUCAUGUUUUAACUGCUGAGAAGGUCGAGGCUUUGUUUGAAUUAAUAAAAGGACUUAUUGAGGAUUUGGAUGGGACUCUUAAUGAUGAGGUUGAUGAAGAAGAUUUCAAGGAGGAGCAAAAUUCAGUUGCACGACUUAUUCAAAUGUUUUCUAAUGAUGAUCCUGAAGAGAUGUUUAAGAUCAUAUGUACUGUGAAGAAGCACAUCCUGGUUGGAGGACCGACGCGUUUGCCCUUUACUGUCCCUCCCCUAGUUUUCUCUUCUCUAAAGUUGGUUAGGAAAUUGCAAGCCCAGGACGAGAAUCCAUUUGGAGAUGAUGCAUCAACCACACCAAAGAAAAUUUUUCAGCUCUUGACUCAGACUAUUGAGGCUUUGUUGAAUGUUCCAGCACCUGAACUGGCAUUACGGUUAUAUUUGCAAUGUGCUGAGACUGCAAAUGACUCUGAUUUGGAACCCGUUGCCUAUGAAUUCUUCACCCAAGCAUAUAUUCUUUACGAAGAAGAAAUUUCAGAUUCGAAAGCACAGGUGACUGCCAUUCAUCUGAUAAUUGGGACUCUCCAGAGGAUGCAUGUAUUUGGCGUUGAGAACAGGGAUACUUUAACUCACAAAGCCACAGGGUAUUCGGCAAAGCUUUUAAAGAAGGCUGAUCAGUGCCGAGCUAUAUAUGCUUGCUCGCACCUCUUCUGGGUCGACAAUCAGGAGAGCAUGAAGGAUGGAGAAAGGGUACUGAUUUGCCUAAAGCGAGCUUUACGAAUCGCUAACGCUGCCCAACAGAUGUCCAAUGCUACACGGGGUAGCACUGGUUCAGUAACGCUCUUUGUUGAAAUACUGAACAAGUACCUCUAUUUCUUCGAGAAGGGGAACCCACAGAUAACAGUUGCUUCAGUCCAAAGCCUGAUUGAAUUGGUCACAACUGAACUGCAAAGCGACUCGGCCUCAGCAGAGCCAUCUACAGAUGCUUUCUUUAAAAGCACACUGCGGUACAUUCAGUUCCAGAAGCAGAAAGGUGGUGCAGUUGGUGAAAGAUAUGAGUCCAUCAAGGUGUGACAUGCUGCGAAGUGAAUGCUUGUUAUUAAUGCGAGAGCUGCAGGUAAGUUUGCCUUGGUGGAUGCUAGGAACCGAUUUCAUCCUUUUUGACGUCGUUUCGUUGAGAGAAUAGAUUGUAUGCUUUAUCCUCCCUGAUGCUGAAUUUUCCUCCGAGACCGGUGGGUCUAAUAGGACGUUUGCUUUGGGUAAUCACUCGUCGAGGAAUUCUGUAUGCUGAUUGUGUUACUGCAAUGGUACAAAUGUACGACAUAUAUUUGAAUUUGAAUCUACUUCGAUCAGAACCAACCACAUCUUUCUUCA